AGAGCGAAGUAGAGAGAGAGAGAGAGAGAGAGGAAGUGAGAGGAAGUGAGAGAAAGAGAGGAGAGAGAGAGAGAGAGAGGGUAAGAGAGAGUCCACACCACACAUAGACGCACACAGGCACAGACACACGAGCACACCCGAUCGCCGCAUUUAUGGUCCGUGUUAACCCGCCGCACGACGGUGGUGGCGCUUCCCGGAGCAGCGGCUUCUACACGGCUUCGCCGCCGCCGCAGCAGCAGCAGCAGCAGCAGCAGAGCGGCAGCGGGGGCGGAGGAAGCCACUCGGGCAUGGCGCUCCACGGCCUCGUCACCAACUCCGCCGCCGCCGAAGCCGACGCUGCAGAGGACCCGAGCAAGAAGGUGCGGAAGCCCUACACCAUCACCAAGUCGAGGGAGAACUGGACGGAGCAGGAGCACGACAAGUUCCUCGAGGCUCUUCAACUUUUUGAUCGUGACUGGAAAAAGAUAGAAGCUUUUGUUGGCUCAAAGACAGUUAUCCAGAUAAGGAGCCAUGCACAAAAAUACUUUUUGAAGGUUCAGAAAAAUGGGGCCAGUGCACAUGUGCCACCUCCCCGCCCAAAGCGUAAAGCAGCUCAUCCAUACCCUCAGAAAGCCUCUAAAAACGCUCCUAUUUUUUCUCAACCGACAACUCCGUACCAAGCUUCAUCUUCCUGUGUGGUUGAACCAGGUUUUGCACUCGGAAUAGAUUCAUCUCCCAUGCUUAGAAACUCUAGUACCAGUGCAACAGUCUCUUCCUGGGCUCACAAUACUGUUCAACCUGUUGGUGCCUCUUCUAUGAUGAAAGAGGAUAUUGGAGCUUCAGCUGUAAUGAAUAAUAAUUGCUGCUGUAGCAGCACUGAAGGCCAGCCUAGAGCACGGCCAGUUGGUGAAACCACUGACCAAGUGAAUCAAGUCCCAUCACUUCACAUUAUGCCAGAUUUUGCACGGGUAUACAGCUUCUUGGGUAGUGUUUUUGAUCCAAGCACAAGUGGUCAUUUGCAGAAACUGAAGGAGAUGGAUCCAAUUGAUGUAGAAACAGUUUUAUUGUUGAUGAGAAAUCUCUCGAUCAAUUUGAUUAGCCCUGACUUCGAGGAUCAUAGAAAGUUGCUCUUAUCACACGACCUUGGUCCAGAGGAAUUUAAACUAGAAGGUGGGAAACACAAGCUUCAGGCAGAUAGACCCAUGAUUGCUCCAUUCUUGGUGAAAAGUGAAUGAUGGCGUAUAAACAUCAGUACAAGGCCAAGUGUUUUGACUGUUCAUAUAUAUUUAUCUCAAGGCUCUUGCAUUAGCUCUACAGUUGUCAAGUGGAGAGUUUUGGCAAUAGAAGCCUUGACUGCUGC